GAAGUGAGUGCGUCAAACUAUAACUUCGUUUGUUAUUAAGACACACAAGAGGUGUGGGAAGAAGUGUAGUGCGAUCAUAGAACCAGCUCAACUCCGUGUCAGUUUACACUUGACGAUUUCAGUUCUCAACAUGCUGUUCUUGCUACUUCUACUGGCAUCCACAGGUAAUUGCCAGGUCCAGUAUGUGCCGGGUCAGAUGAAAAAUGACUCGUGUGCAUGUGAGGUGAACACCAACGUAUGGCUGUUUCCUGCAAAGAAGUACGAGGCAACACUGCAACAAGUUGAAUCUUGUGAUGAUUCCCUUAAGAAGCUCCAAGAGCAGGUGCAUCGGUCAAAACAGCGUCUCCCUGAGAUUCAUGAAGUGGUUGAGAACAUAACAGGGCGGCUGGAGCCUUACCAGUACCUACAUUAUAAGGGCCUCUAUUCUGCCUUGUCUCUGCGUCAGUUGGGUGAAGAACUUGACAAACUCGAGGCUGACAUUAACGCCAUGUCCCUUCAAGUGAACAAUGAUGAAUCAACAAAACUCUCAAAAGAGGUCCAGAAACUGCGAAGAGAUGUUGACAUGAUGCAUAUGGCAGACUCAAUCAACAUGAAGACUGUAAAAGAAAAACUACGCUACUUGAAAAACAGUGUUGAGUCAUGCUUGUCAAUCCCUAAAGAUUUCAAAGGUCAGCAAAGGUAUUGCCUUAAGGGCCUUAUGAUGAACAUCAGUGCACCGGUCAUAACUAAAGUCAGUCCAUAUGGUAAAAACAUCAUCUCUGGCUCAUGGGGCCAACAAGCCCUUGCAGAUAGCGAAGGCCUGAAGAACAUCUUCUGGAUUCAGCCUUUGCUCCACGGCCACUUGUCAGGCAAUACCAUACGAACCUACCAAUCUUAUGAAGACUUCAUGGCCUCUGCUAACCACAAAGAUUUUACUGUAGCUCUAUCCAACGUCCAUCCUAAUACUGUUGAAGGCCCCAGUGCCGUCCUGUAUGGAGAGGCUGUGUACUAUCAUUGCUAUGACUCUCCAUCUAUCUGCCGGUACGAUUUCAACAACAAGGCUGUCACAAGGGUCGAACUUCCCGGAAUUGAGAAGAAUUACAGAAAAUUCCCUUAUUGUUACUUUGACUGUCGGGCCAAUAGUGAUGUGGACGUGGAGGUAGAUGAGACAGGGCUGUGGGUCAUCUAUGCCACCUUUGGUAGCCAUGGUAACAUCGUGGUAAGCAAACUAUCCUGGGAUAGUGAAGCUAAAAUCCUCAAUAUCACACAGACGUGGGAAACGAGGCUGUUCAAGAAGGCAGCAAGCAACGCUUUUAUGUCAUGUGGUGUGUUGUAUGCUACCCGCUUUUUGGAUGAUUACCAUGAAGAGGUGUUCUAUGCUUUUGAUACAGCAACAGGAAAAGAGGACAAUACACUCGCACUGCGAAUGGAGAAGAUCGGUAAGGGAGUUGCCAGUCUGAGUUACAACCCUAUCAACAGGCAGCUCUACAUGUUUAACGAUGGAUACCUUCUUGCCUACCAAGCCCACUUCUAAAAUUUGACACAAAGCUAAAAUAGUGCUACAAAAAUAGGCAACACACAUCAAACACAUAUCCCGCAUGAGAGGGCUUGCUUCAAACAGGGGUGCCCAGGUCCCGUCGUCGAGAUCCCCAAUCCAGAUCCCCUUCCAACACACCUGAUCAGGAUCGUUAUCCCGUCCUGUCAUUUUUAUAGAUCUAUUAUAUAAUGUCAAUGUUCAGCCCGUCCAAGUGUCCUUUUAAUGAGUAUCAGGUUUUGAAAAAAAAGUAACUUGGAAAAUUUCUGGCAAGCUGAUUUUCAAGAAUAAUAAGAUACUGACUGUAAUAUGCUUUGCUACUAGUUUAGUCGUUAUUGUCUAAAAGGGUAUGAAUAUAUAAACUAUACGUACAGUUGUCACUAAUGUUCAGAGAUCACAUGUGCCAAAUUACAUUUUUAAAAAACAGGUAAUUGCUUAAUAAAUACACGAGAUUGCAA